GCGACAGUGAGGGCGUGGUAGCACCUCCAGGUGAGGUCUUUGUACCAAGCUCACCUGUGUGGCUGUUUUGCUCCAGUCACCACUGUGAAUGGCUCAUCCCCCUUCAGGUCCUGAUUGCCUGGACCUCUUGUCUCCAGAGGCAAGGACACAAGGCCCAAGUGAGCCCUCCUCAGGUUUUCAACACGCUUUAGUGUCCCAGCAUGGCCCCUUGAAGCGCACCAUGCCCGUCUGUGGGACACUCACCACUAAUCGUCCAGAGUCGCAUCUCGCCAGGAGGUGACCUGCCCUCCCUCCUCCACCGCCCCCUGCCUGGGAAAGUGCUGCAGCUGCCACGGACACCAUGUAGUAGGGCCGGCUGCGGCGCCCAGUGAGCUGCAAUGGUUUUGUACACGACCCCCUUUCCUAAUAGCUGUCUGUCCGCCCUCCACGCUGUGUCCUGGGCCCUCAUCUUCCCAUGUUACUGGCUGGUGGACCGGCUGGUGGCCUCCUUCAUACCCACCACCUAUGAGAAGCGCCAGAGGGCAGAUGACCCUUGCUGCCUGCAGCUGUUCUGCACUGUACUGUUCACGCCAGUCUACCUGGCUCUGCUUGUGGCUGCACUGCCUUUUGCCUUUCUUGGGUUCAUCUUCUGGUCUCCACUGCAGUCUGCCCGCCGGCCCUACUCCUACUCCCGGCUAGAAGACAAGAGCCCAGCUGGUGGGGCAGCCCUGCUUAGUGAAUGGAAGGGCACAGGGGCUGGCAAAAGCUUUUGCUUUGCCACGGCCAAUGUCUGCCUCCUCCCUGACUCACUUGCAAGGCUCAACAAUGUGUUCAACACCCAAGCACGGGCCAAAGAGAUUGGACAGAGAAUCCGCAAUGGGGCCGCCCGGCCUCAGAUCAAAAUCUACAUUGAUUCUCCCACCAACACCUCCAUCAGUGCAGCCAGCUUCAGCAGCCUGGUGUCGCCGCAGGGCAGUGACGGAGCCAGAGCUGUUCCUGGGAGCAUUAAGAGGACAGCCUCUGUGGAAUACAAGGGGGAUGGUGGGCGUCACACCAGCGAUGAGGCUGCCAAUGGCCCAGCCUCUGGGGAACAGGCUGAUGGAAGCCUUGAGGACAGCUGCAUUGUGCGAAUUGGUGGUGAGGACGGAGGCCGGCCUCAGGAAGCUGAUGACCCUGCCACUGCCAGGAAUGGGUCUGGUGGGACCCCAAAGGGCCAGACGCCCAACCACAAUCAGCGGGAUGGGGAUUCUGGGAGCCUGGGUAGCCCCUCAGCCUCCAGGGAGUCCUUGGUGAAGGCACGAGCUGGGCAAGACGUAUGUGGCAGCGGAGAGCCAGGCGGUAACAGCAAGCUGCUGUAUAAGACCUCUGUGGUGAAGAAGGCAGCCCGCAGGAGGCGCCACCCUGAUGAAGCCUUUGACCAUGAGGUCUCGGCCUUCUUCCCAGCCAAUCUGGACUUCCUGUGCCUGCAGGAGGUGUUUGACAAGCGUGCAGCUGCUAAGUUGAAAGAGCAGCUACAUGGCUACUUCGAGUACAUCCUGUAUGACGUCGGGGUCUACGGCUGCCACGGUUGCUGCAAUUUCAAAUGUCUCAACAGCGGUCUCUUCUUUGCCAGCCGCUACCCUGUCAUGGACGUGGCCUAUCACUGUUACCCCAAUGGGUGCAGCUUCGAUGCCCUGGCCUCUAAGGGAGCUCUGUUUCUCAAGGUGCAGGUGGGAAGCACACCUCAGGACCAAAGAAUUGUUGGGUACAUCGCCUGCACACACCUGCAUGCCCCACCAGAGGACAGUGCCAUCCGGUGUGAGCAGCUGGACCUGCUUCAGGACUGGCUGGCUGAUUUCCGAAAAUCUACCUCCUCGACCAGCACAGCCAACCCCGAGGAGCUGGUGGUGUUUGACGUCAUCUGUGGAGAUUUGAACUUUGAUAACUGCUCCUCUGAUGACAAACUGGAACAGCAGCACUCACUGUUUACUCGCUACAAGGACCCCUGCCGCCUGGGGCCUGGGGAGGAAAAGCCUUGGGCCAUUGGCACCCUGCUGGACACAAGUGGUCUCUAUGAUGAAGAUGUGUGUACCCCAGACAACCUUCAGAAGGUCUUGGAGAGCGAGGAAGGCCGCAGGGAGUAUCUGGCCUUCCCCACCAGCAAGAGCCCAGGGGCUGGGCAGAAGGGCCGGAAGGAUGUGCUAAAGGGCAAUGGCCGUCGCAUCGACUACAUGCUGCACGCCGAGGAGGGGCUGUGCCCUGACUGGAAGGCUGAGGUGGAAGAAUUCAGUUUUAUCACCCAGCUGUCCGGCCUGACCGACCACCUCCCCGUGGCCAUGCGGCUGAUGGUGUCUGCAGGGGAAGAGGAGGCAUAGACCAGCCAUGCCACUGAUCUCGAGCAGUGGGGCCUCUGCCAGCCCUUCAAGCCACAGUUCAUGUCUGGGCUGUGUGCCCUCCAUUGAGCACCUAGUGCUGGGGGAAGGAGGGCAGGGGACAGGGAAGAGCGAGCCCAUCAAUCCCCUGCAAGCCUGGAAGCCAGGCUGCUCUGUGCCUCUGGCCAUCUCUGCGAACAGAGGACUCGGGCCAGCCUGGGAGCCCCUGGCUGCCUGACCAGUGCCAUUCUUUCCAGUCACGAUUUUCUACAGAAAUACACAGCACAACAUAGUUUGUAACCCAAGGGUUAGUAUGAGGACCGGGUUUAUGUACUCUUUGUAUCUCUUCUCAAGCUUUGUCCAGGGUUCAUUACCUUUGUCUGCUGCCAAUGUUGUCUCGCAUGCCUGCACCCUCGCAUGCCCGCUGCCCGCAUGCCAUGUGCCACACUGUAGCACCCAGACCCCUUGCUCGGGCCUCACCUAAGGCCAAACUCAAAACACAAAAACACAAUCAGAACCAGCCAAAGAAGCACUUCCUGGGCACAGCUGCCAGCUUUCCCCCCCUCCAGCUUGGUGGGGAGUGACUGACGGCUGUCAUUACCUGCCAGCCCAGGGCUCUUCCCAGGGUCUUGCAUUCAAGGGCGAUUACAUUUUAAGAAGAAAACAGAAAAUGUUAAACACAAAAUCACCCUUCACUUAGGGUCUGUAAGUCACUGGGUAGAACUGUGCUCUUCCCCAGCCCACACAGCAGGGUCCAGCUGGCUCUGGCCACCCCAGCAGCUCCUGUAGGAGACUGACACCAGCUGUGGGACCCUACCAGGAAACCCAAGAGGGCAUCACUUUUGUACACGAAGGGGACCCAGAACAUAAGAGGGAGGGUUCUGAUUUUGAAAACGACAGGUUCGUAGUUCCUUCUCUCCUACCCAACAUGUCCUUUUCUAUGGGGCCCCCUGGGUUAACCUCUUCCUGAGGACUUCCCUCAUCCGUGGAUGGCUGAGCUCAGGAACCACCUGCCUGCCCCUAAGUCAGGCUGCGCCUCUGGCCUCCCAGGCCCUCCCUUCCUCAAUGGCUACCCUAGAUGAAGUGGCAGAAAACCAAGAUAUAGAGAAUGGCUUCUUCACCAUUGCAAGCUCAGGUGGCCAGCCAACAGCCACUGCUUGUCUAGGGCAGGGCUGAUUCCAGACAUCAUCCAGAAGCCACUCUUGCCACUGUGUGACUACAGCCAUCCCCAAGCUCAACACAGUAAGGCUGCUAGAAGCCCACUGCUCUCCACCUGGUCCUGCUCAGGUGCCCAAGAGCACACUGACUCUGCCGACCUACCUUCAGAGAACAGAGGCUGAUCCCUGACUACAAAGGGAAGAUGUCUGUCUCAGGCUGCUGAGCUACUAAUUUGGGGGACUGUUUUGAUAUCCCCGAUGGUCUAUUCUAAGUGCUCUGAUCUUGUAUCUGGCCUGGCUCAAGGCCAACUCCGCCUGGUGACGAUGGAGGAAGCAUCAGUCCCUUGUUGCUGGGACCUCUAAAAUGCUGGUGCCCUGAAGCUGUGCCUUGUCACCCACUAAGUAGCAAGCAGGAUCCAGAAGGGCACGCAUUUAACAGAUGUCGGGCCCUGUGCUGAGUGGUGGUCUUUCAGAGUUUGGGCAGCUUGAUAUUAGGGCAUGUAUAGCUGGUGACACUGGCCUCUUAACCUCUUGGCCUAAGAGAAUCCUGCCCAUGCUCCAGUGUCCAGAGCUAGGACAGCCUUGCUGGGUUCUCUGCUGUGCCCCUCUUCUGCCAGGGCCUGGCCUCCCAGGAAUCUGGGAAGCUCUCAUGGUAUGAGAGGAUUCUAUUCAUUCAAGGUACCAGUGGGCAGGCCUAAUCCUUAAACCAAUGGCACUGUGUACAAGGAGAGUAAAUGAGGCCGAUGGCAAGGCCAUGGUCCCUAAACCUGGGGUUAGGGUAAACCGUUUGGAGUCAGAGCCGCAUCCUUCUCUCCUUCCCAACUCCCAGGGCGGCCUUAGGCAAGCUGUACUGCCCUAUGCCUCUGUUAUUACAAGGUCACCUCUACAGUCAGGUUCUGGAGUCCAGAGGAGGGACAGCCUGCCCUCAGGUCCCCUACACAUCUCAGCACCGAGGCCAUGACCAUCUGCCACACAUUUCACUGUGGUUUGCUUGCCUGUGGACUCAGGGCUCGUGUACUGCCAAGCCUUUCUAUUUCAGCUUUUAAAAAAGAAGAGACGUUGCCAGGAUUCCAGAUUCUGUAACAUCUACGGCCGACACAGGGGCAAUCACAGGGAUCACUUGAAUCCUAACUGGCUCUACCUGCCCAGGACCUCUCAAGGGAAGAAUAGAUAAGUGUACUAGCUUAGGAAGGACCAUUCAAUUCAUCUUUAUUUGUCCAAAACCACCUGGAGUUUUAAGUAUGAAUAUUAACCUUAAUGCUUUUUAACUAUUGUAUUAACUUGCUCAGAUUUAGAAAUACUGUUUUAAAAGAAAAAGAAGAAACUUUUUUAAUUUCUGUAUUUUUUUCUGUAUUGUAUCCUCAUGGGACAUUAGGGGUUUUAUAUGGUAAGACACCCAAGGUUUUGGUAAAACAUUAUCAAAUAUAUAUCCAGACGAUUCUUCCCUAGAAGAAAAAACAAUCUUUAUGCCUGAUUUAAAAAAAAAAAAAAAAGUUGAGAAGAGGUGGAUUUUUCCUUUAUGGUGCUGAAAGGAAGGACGGAGAACAAGGAGAAAAUAAAACUGUGAGGCUCAAGA